AUGAAAAACAAUUCAAAAGUCUUCUUGGACAUAACAAUUGGCAAAAAGGCUUCAGGCAGAAUAGUAAUCGAGCUCUUCAACGACACAGUGCCGUUUACAGCAGAAAAUUUCCGCGCUUUGUGUGCAGGUGAUUAUGGAAAAUCAAAAUCUGGGGUUUCUCUUACAUACUUGGAUAAUCUUUUCCACAAAAUAGUCCCAGGAAAAUACUGCUCAGCUGGAGAUUUCAUCCACAAUACAGGACAAGGAAGUGAAUCAAUAUAUGGAGGCUUAUUUCCUGAUGAGAACUUCACGUUAACUCAUUCACAGCCUGGCAUGCUCUCAAUGGUCAAUAAAGGACCUAAUUCAAAUGGAAGUGUUUUUUUAAUCACUUUUGCUGCAUGUCCUGAGCUUGAUCACAAGUAUGUCGUUUUCGGGCAAGUUGUUGAAGGUCUAUCAGUACUCAAAGAAAUCGAAAAAAUCCCGACAGAAAAAGAUGGGAAGCCAAAAAAGCCUGUCAGAAUUUUUAACUGUGGAGAGAUUGAGGACGGGCGAGAACACAUAAAAUUUGAAGAGUUCAAGGACCAAAUACAAAUUUAUAGAGCCUAUUUGGAAAGGAAAGCACAGAAGAAAGAAGAACACUUGAGGCUUUACUAUGAAAUGAUUAAUAGAAGAUCAGAUGAAGGAAAACAAGUUAAUGAGCCAACAAAUCAAAUUAACGAGCCUGAGCAAGAAAGCAGUGAAGAAAAUGAAGAAGAAACAGAUGAAGGCCAGGCAAACGAUAAAUUAAAAGCACUGAUGGCUAGGCUUAAACAAGCACGAAAGCAAAAUGAAAUCGCAGUUGUUGAGGAUAGCAACAGAAAGAACGACCCGAAUUGGGAAAAGAAACAAAAACGAAAAGAAUGGGAAGAGCAAGAGUCUCAGAGAAUUCAGGCUCUUGAAGAUAUGGGGAUUACUACAGAUAAAAUGUACCUGACAGAAAAUAUUUCAGACGUCAACUAUGCAGCUCAAAAAAAGCGAAAAAGAGGCAAGAGGUCUGCAUAUGGAUGGGACGUUUUCAACAACAAUGCUCUAGAGCAAGGGUAUAAGCGAAGAAUCAAUAAGCUAGAGUUCAACCCAGAAGAAUACAAGAAGCAAAUGGAAGAUCCUGAGGCUUCAAAUGAAAUCAAGCCAGAAAAGCUAGAUAUGAUGUCUGAAGAGCUUGAAAGAGAAACGGAAAGAAGAAAGAAAUUUUCAAGAAGAAGACCUUAUUAUGAAGAUAUGGACAUCAGCUUUAUCAACGAAAGGAACAGAGUUUACAAUGUGAAGCUCCAAAGACAUUUCAAAGAUCAUGCCCAGGAGCUGAAAGGAAAUCUGGAAAGAGGAACAGCUUUAUAA